CCAAGAUAUAGAUGACACUCCCCCACGCAGUUGUUGUAGCACGAAACGGAAGCACAAGACAAGCAAUAAGAUAUUUCUAUGAGACCUUUAAUGGAUAGAGCUUUCAUUGAGUGAUGCCGCCACUGUGGAAGUCCACCCUGUCUGCCAUCCUGUGCCUGUCUCUCCCAUGGCUCGUCUUGCUCCAACAAUGUUCCGACUCAUGCAGAGCCUGCGGUGGGCCUGACAACCACACAUGCCUUGCGUGUAAAGAUGGCUGGAGCCUCCAUGAUCGCCACUGUGUGGAUGUUGAUGAGUGUGACACCAAGCUGACCGGUUGCCCGUCGAACACCUACUGCUUUAACACUGAGGGCUCAUUCGAGUGCAGAGGAUGUGAUCCUGCAUGUGCAGCGUGUAUGGGCAGUGGACCAGCUCGUUGUAAGAAAUGUGCCAAUGGAUACACGAUGACUGGCGCAAAAUGUGUUGAUGUGGACGAGUGCAGUGAGAAUGAACUGAUGUGCCCUGGCCUGGAUGAGUUCUGUAUGAACAAGGAGGGCUCGUUCUACUGCCAGUGUGCUAAAGGGUUCCGUAGGGAAGAUGGCGUCUGUAAAGCCAUUCAGACAUCUGCUGCUCAUGAGAAGGGCUUGUUUGAUGACAUCCAGGAAGAGGAAAUAGAGGUCCUCCAGCAGAUGUUCUUCGGUGUGAUCCUCUGUGCUCUGGGCACGCUGGCGGCCAAGGGGGACAUGGUCUUCACCUCCAUCUUCAUGGGGGCGGUGGCCGCCAUGGCAGGGUUCUGGUUCUCAGACAGAGGCGAUCAACUGCUGGACUCCAUGUUGAGAGGACGCUAAUAUUGUCUGGACAUAGUCACAUACACACACAAACAUACAGAUCAACAUACAGUAUGCACAAAAGUACACACAUACCUAUUAUUUAUGGGGUUUUACUGGGACUGAGUGUGUCCAACACUCUGUAUUGCCUGUCCUGAGGUUAUGAAUGGCUCUACAGUACUAUAAAUGGGCAUGAUUGAUCCAGAGAGGGUUGAAGCGGAAAUGAAUUAUGUUGCUCUAUUUUGUUAGUUAUCAAAGAUCUUUGAUUGAGCCUUUGUUAAGUCCUGCCUUCCUAUGUUACUGCUGCUAGGUUAGCCAAACAAACAAUGGCUGUGUGGGCUCAAUUCCCAUAGAAGCAAUGGAAGCCUGUUGACUCGGUAACCGUAAUUUUGAGUCUGGAAUAUUUGAGGGUCAAUUAUUCUCCCCUUGACAGGUUCUCAAAUAACCUACAUUUAUGUGAGUCGCCUUGAGCAUAUCUAUGGGAAUUUCCCUCACGGGAUCAAAAGAGUAUAUAUACUUAUACUUUUGUACCACCACACCCAGACCAGAUUUGUGUGCAGGCUUUGAAGAUUAGCCCCUUUGUGUAGUUGGAAAGGCACGAUGCUGACCAUAACUAAUUGAUUCACCUCAUUAUUUCCCUUAUUUGUUUCAUGCUCACAUGGAAUUUGAACAAGUUUAAAUCAACUGCAAUAAAAACAAUGGCUUAUUAA